CUGCUGUAAAACCACAAAGAAGAAGAAGUUAUCCAACCGACCUCAUCAUCUCUACGUGUUUACAUUACAAUAUUAAAUCUGAACUACUUAAAUAGAAAAAAAAACAGUAUUUGAAGAAGGUAAAUGUGCUGAGUAAAGAUAAGAACAUGCUGCCCACAAGAGACUCUGGUCAUCAGCAAAAAACUUCUGAUCCAUCUUGUCCUGUGUCCCCUCAUGUACAAAUAAAGGCAGAGCUUCACCACUGUUCAGAUUGUGGCAAGAGUUAUACUUACCAGAGUAGUCUUCAAAAACACCAGCGCAAUCACACAGGAGAGAAGCCCUAUGACUGCUCACAGUGUGGCAAGCGUUUUAAUCGACUCGGUAAUUUCAAACGACACCAACAAGUUCACACAGGAGAGAAGCCGUAUAAUUGCUCGGAGUGUGGAAAGAGUUUUACUCAACUCUGUUAUUUCAAAGAACACCAACGAAUUCACACAGGAGAGAAACCAUUUAUUUGCUUGCAGUGCGGAAACAGUUUUACUCAAUCAAGCACUCUUCGAAGACACCAGCGCAUUCACACCGGAGAGAAGCCGUAUAACUGCUUGCAAUGUGGAAAGAGUUUCACUCGUUUCAGUAGUUUCAAAAAACACCAAAAUAUUCACACGGGAGAGAAACCAUUUCUCUGCUCACAGUGUGGGAGCAGAUUUACUCACCUAAACAAUCUUAAAACACACCAGCGAAUCCACACAGGAGAGAGGCCAUAUCACUGCUCGCAAUGUGGAAAGCAUUUCACUCGACUCAGCAGCUUCAAACAACACCAACAAAUCCACACAGGAGAGAAACCAUUUAUCUGCUUACAGUGUGGGAAAAGAUUCACUCACUACGGUACUCUGAAAACACACCAACGCAUCCAUACGGGAGAGAAACCAUAUCAGUGCUUGCACUGCGGAAAGAGUUUCGCUCACAUGAAUAAUUUCCAGCGCCACCAAGGAAUUCACACCAGUCAGAAACCCUAUAAUUGUUUGCAGUGUGGGAAGAGUUUUAAUUUAGAGCGUAAUCUCAAAAAUCACCAGCACAUUCAUACAAGGGAGAAUCUGUAUCACUGUUCGCACUGUGGAAAGCAUUUCACUCGACACGGUAAUUUCAAACAACACCAACGAAUUCACACAGGAGAAAAACCAUUUGUCUGCUUACAGUGUGGAAGAAGUUUUACUCAGCGAGGUACGCUUAAAACACACCAAAGGAUCCAUACAGGAGAGAAGCCGUAUCAUUGCUCCCAUUGUGGAAGGAGUUUUGCCCAUAUGAGUACUUUCCAACGCCACCAAGGAAGCCACACGUGACAGAAACCGUAUCACUGGUCAUAAUACGGGAAGAAUUUUAAUCAAGAGCACAACCUUCAAGAACACCAGUGCAUUCACCCAGGAGAAAAUGUUUGCCGGUGUUCACAGCAGGAAAAUGUGGAAAAAAAAAAAAAAGAUGGCUCUCUGGCAAUACCAGAUUAUUGCUGACAGUUUGGGAAGCAGUUUACUCACCUACGUACUGUCCAGAGGACACCAGAACAUGCACAUGGGACAGCAUGGGAAGAGCCUUGUACAGCCGAAUCAUGUCUGUCAUCACCAGUAUUCAUUUACUAUGUAAAAUUGCUUACGUUGUCAAGAGUUGUGAAUUUUAAAACCACAUAGUUGUGUUAACAUAGAGCCAGCAGUUUUUGACAUAUAAAUGCAACAACACAGGAAUUAUUGUUUUGUGUUAAAAUGUAGUCAGGUCCAUAAAUAUUUGUACAUUGACUGUUAUUUUAGUUG